AAAUAACGAACAAGACAAAGCGGCAAUCAACGGACACGACAGUGACGACGAAGACGCUCUCUCCUAAACCAAAAAUUAAACAAAUGAAUCAAAUUCAGCUCUGCCGUCCCAGCACCAAUUCUUUUAUAAUCACCUUCUGCUAUGCUUAUUAUUCCUCACUCUCACUCAUUAAUUACUCUUUAAUUACCUUUAAUCCUCCAAAAUCUCUCAAAUGGCUUCUUCCUUUGCAAUCAACUCAAUAACACCUAAUUCCAACUACCUCCGCCACCUUAGAAAUUACUCUUUUCCGGCCUUUGUGUUAAGAAAAACUAUUAAUUUCCCUGUAAAGAGUAGUAAUUUGAGCUGUAAAAGGAGAAGUUGCAGAGUUGGGAUAGUUAGGGCAUCAUCUUCUACUGAAGUAGUCGAUGAUCGUGAGAGUGCUGACGUGGAGAGGGCCCACAACGGGAAGGUUCUUAGAGUGGGGCUUAUUUGUGGUGGUCCAUCUGCUGAGCGUGGAAUUUCAUUGAACUCUGCUCGAUCAGUUCUCGAUCAUAUUCAGGGGGACGAUUUGGAUGUUAGCUGCUAUUACAUUGAUAGCAAACUCAAGGCCUAUGCUAUAUCCACUGCGCAGGUAUACUCGAACACUCCUGCAGACUUUGAUUUCAAACUUGAGAGCCUUGCCCAAGGCUUCAAUUCAUUAUCUGACUUUACAGAACACCUUGCUUCUUCUGUGGACAUAGUUUUUCCUGUUAUACAUGGUCGUUUUGGUGAAGAUGGUGGCGUUCAGGAGCUAUUGGAACGAUCGAAUAUUCCAUUUGUGGGAACAGGGUCCACCCAAUGUCAAAAAGCAUUUGAUAAAUAUGAUGCAUCGUUGGAGCUUGACAGACAAGGUUUCGUGACUGUACCUAAUUUUCUCAUACAGGGAAGUGAAAUGGAUGAAUCUGGACUGUCAAAGUGGUUUGACCAAAACCUACUAGACACUAAGUUGGGAAAAGUUGUGGUAAAACCAACAAGAGCAGGAUCAAGCAUUGGAGUUAGUGUUGCCUAUGGUGUCACUGAUUCUCUACAAAAAGCUAACACAAUUAUUUCUGAGGGGAUUGAUGACAAAGUCCUUGUUGAAAUUUUCCUUGAAGGAGGUAGUGAAUUUACAGCAAUUGUCCUUGAUGUAGGUUCUGGUUUUGAUUGCCAGCCUGUUGUGUUAUUGCCAACCGAGGUGGAGCUGCAAUCACAUGGCACUGUUGAUGUUAGGGAGAAAGACGCUAUAUUUAACUAUCGACGGAAGUAUCUCCCUACUCGACAGGUUGCUUAUCACACUCCACCUAGAUUCUCUGUGGAUGUGAUUUCAAAGAUACGUGAAGGGGCGUCAUUACUAUUUCAGCGGCUUGGCUUGCGUGAUUUUGCUCGAAUUGAUGGCUGGUUUUUGCUGCCUUCUAUGGAAGCUUCCUCUUUUGCAGGAAACAAAUUUGGAAGGACUGAUUCUGGCACAGUUAUAUUCACUGAUAUCAACUUGAUCAGUGGAAUGGAGCAAACGAGUUUCUUAUUUCAGCAAGCCUCCAAGGUUGGAUUUUCACACUCAAAUAUUCUCCGGAUCAUCAUCCAACAUGCUUGCUUGCGGUUUCCAGCUCUUUUGUCACAUAGCAUCAUAUCAAGUCCCUCGAGAAGGAGAUCAAAAUCUGCAUCAGUAACUGAAUCAUUUAUUAAACAACAUAAGAAAGUUUACGUCAUCUUUGGCGGUGACACCUCUGAACGCCAAGUAUCUCUUAUGAGCGGAACCAAUGUUUGGCUGAAUCUAAGAGCAUCUGAUGAUCUUGAAGUGACGCCGUGCUUGCUUGCCCCUGCAACGAGCUAUUCUGAUGUUUCAGACUUCGCUAAACGUGAAGUAGAUAAGAAGUCUAAGACAGUAUGGACAUUGCCUUAUUCCCUUUUGCUGAGACAUACUACAGAAGAAGUCCUUGAUGCGUGUGUAGAGGCAAUUGAACCCAAUCGGGCAGCUCUGACAUCUCACUUGCGAAACCAGGUUAUGGAUGAUCUCACGAGAGGUCUUAGAAAGCUCAGUUGGUUCAACGGGUUUGAUAUAUCUGAUGAACUACCGAAGAAAUUUUCUCUAGAGCAGUGGGUGAAGCUGGCUAAGGAAUCUCUGGCGACUGUUUUCAUUGCAGUGCAUGGAGGCAUUGGAGAAGAUGGCACACUUCAAUCUUUACUAGAGGCCGAAGGGGUUCCCUAUACAGGUCCUGGCGUCAUGGCUUCAAAAACAUGUAUGGACAAAGUUGCAACCUCUCUUGCUCUAAAACAUCUGACAGACUUUGGAGUCCUUACAAUAAAUAAAGAUGUGAGGAAGAAAGACGAUCUGCUGAAAAUGUCCAUAUCUGAUCUCUGGCGUGACUUGAAGUCAAAACUUAACUGUGACACUUUAUGUGUUAAACCAGCCAGAGAUGGUUGCUCAACUGGUGUGGCCAGAUUGUGCUGUGAGGGGGACCUUGCCUUUUACAUAAACGCACUUCAGGAUUGCCUCCCUCGUAUUCCUCCUAACAGCCUGUCAAAGGAACAUGGAAUGAUUGAGAUGCCAAACCCUCCUCCAGAGCUUGUAAUAUUCGAACCUUUUGUUGAGACUGAUGAGAUAGUUGUUGCAUCUAAAUCCAGAAACGAGAUUGCACACAAUUUGCUCUGGAAAGGGGAUAGUAGAUGGGUAGAGGUCACCGUUGGUGUUGUAGGAAAACGUGGAUCAAUGCGUUCAUUGACUCCUAGUGUAACUGUGAAAGAAUCUGGAGGCAUAUUAUCACUGGAGGAGAAAUUCCAAGGUGGAACUGGCAUCAAUCUGACUCCACCGCCACCAUCUAUUAUGAGUAAUCCCGCCUUGGAAAGGUGUAAAAAGCAUAUUGAACUUAUUGCAAACACUCUACAAUUAGAAGGAUUUUCACGUAUUGAUGCAUUUGUUCAUGCUGACACUGGUGAGGUGUUGAUUAUAGAAGUGAAUACAGUUCCUGGAAUGACUCCUUCCACAGUCUUGAUUCAUCAGGCACUUGCAGAGCAACCUCCCAUGUAUCCACAGCAGUUCUUUCGCACGUUACUUGAUCUGGCAUCGGAGAGAUCCAUGUGAAGAGUUCAGGGUGUGCAUGGCUUUAUUUCCUUCUUUGUAUCUGUUUUCCAUCCAUCCAUUUUUUUCCCAUGCUUUGGAAGUAUGCCAAUUCAAGGCUGUUUGUAAAAUGUAGUGAAGGGGAACUUUCCAGGAUUGUGUUGUCCUACCAAGUGUAUUUGUUGAACUACACCAAAUGCAGAUCUCCCCUCUUGUUCUUCUAAUAAACUGAUGGUUGUUUAAUAUUUCCACUGUGUAAUCGUCUUGUUUUUA